GUUUGGCUCAGUCAAUAGGAUCAGAGACGUCACAUUUACCAUGUCUAGGUUCGAUUCUUGCUGCCAUUAAUUAACCCACCAAUUGAUAGGCGAGAUCUGUAAGUCAACUAUAAGUCCUCAAUGUAGGCCUACGAGAUACCCUGGCCUUGGAGUGGGGUAACCUCCCCGACCUCCUAUCCUUCAACUAGCAAUAACCUUAAGCCUUAAGACAAACAUUAUUACUUCUAAAUACUCUAAAGGAAGGGGGAAAAAAAUGAAAUGACUGCUACACCAUCAUCCUCCAUUGUUAUUUGUAAAACCAAACCAUCUUCCAUGUUAAUUGGCCCCGUCAAUCCUUCAGAUAUACGUUGGUGUCUUUUGAUGAGAAUCAGUAUAACCAAGAAGCGAGUUUUCUUGUUUGACGGGGAUGACGCAGAUUUAGUAGAUCACGUUACCAGAGCUGUUCUGAGCAGGUUGGGACUCGAUUCUCAGCUUCCUGUCACUAAGCACUUCGUCGAAGCUGGUGAUCGUGUGAAAGAAAUUAGGAAGUGGGCAGACACUCCCGCCACUCAUGCUCGAAUGAUUGGCAUCUAUGGCAUGGGUGGGAUCGGUAAAACUACUUUUGCCAAGGUCAUCUACAACGAACUACUGAAUGAGUUUGGGCAUCGUUGCUUCCUUUCGGAUAUUCGAGAAACGGCUCGCUGCAAUGGUAUUCUUUAUGUACAAAAUCAACUAAUUAAGGCAAUGCAGAAAAUAGAAAAUCAAGUUUGCAAUGUUGAUGAUGGAAUCAAUUUGAUCAAAUCUAGAUUGAAAAGAAAGAAGGUUCUCAUUCUUCUGGAUGAUAUAGAUCACAAGGAUCAACUAAAUGCUUUGGCUAGAGAACGUGAUUGGUUUACUUCCGGAAGUAUCAUCAUUGUUACAACUAGAAAUGAAGCUCUUCUUGAUGAACCUGAAUUUUGGGUAGACCACAAAUGUGGACUCGGUGAACUGAAUAAGGUGCAGUCUUUGCUUUUAUUUAACAGGCAUGCAUUUAGAACGGACCAUUCUUCGAUGGGCUUUGAGAGCAUCUCUCGUGAUAUCGUAGCACGUAUGGGUGGACUUCCCUUGGCCCUCGAGGUUGUAGGUUCGUACUUAUAUGGAAAAACAGAUCAAGAAGUAUGGCGAGUUAUGCUGAGGAAAUUAAAAAUAGAACCACAUAUAGAUGUCCAAAAGGUAUUGAAGUUAAGCUAUGAUGUAUUAGAACGCAAACAACGAGAGAUUUUUCUCGAUAUUGCUUGUUCUUUUAUUGGCAAAAAGAGCAAAUUUGCCAUGUACAUCUGGAAGGACAGUGGGUUUAAUGCAAGUGAAGAAAUUGAAGAGUUGAAGCUGAGGUGCUUAAUAAAAACCGGACAUAAUGGUGAAUUAAGGAUGCAUGAUCAAUUAAGAGAUCUUGGAAGGACCAUUGUUGACCAAGAAAGACUGCCCGAGACGCGUACUAGAUUAUGGGAUUAUGAGGAAGCCUCCAGAGUGCUACUGGAAAAAAAGGGAACUAAUAUGAUCCGGGCAAUUUGUCUCGACAAAUACUAUGACCACCACCCAUGGAGGCCCGCUGGCCAUCUCCGGACAUACACAAGUGAACAGUUUAGAGGUUUACAGGACUUAAGGUUCCUUCAGUUGAGGAGGGCAGCUUUAAGUGGAGACUUCAAAGAACUGUUUUCUGAAUUAAGAUGGCUUCAAUGGUCUGACAUUGAUCCCAAUCUAUCUUUUUCGGCAACCAAUUUGCAUCUACCGAAAUUAUUGGUGCUGGAACUGUCAUACAACCAAAUCACAGAGCAUUGGAGUGGAUGGAGUUCAAUUAAGGCAUCGGAGUGCCUCACUGUUCUUGACCUUUCCUUUUGCAAUUAUUUAAGGCGUACUCCUGAUCUCUCAGCUUUCACAAAGUUGGAGAUUCUCAUCUUGAAACACUGUGACGGACUAGAGGAAGUUGAUCCUUCCAUUGGCAAAGUCAAGCGCCUCGUUUCCUUGGACUUAAGUAACUGUGGCAGUCUCAAGGAGCUACCACAGGAAGUGGGAAAAUUAAGACACCUGAAAGAGCUUAUUUUAGAUUCUACCAGUAUUACAGAGAUUCCUACGUCAAUCGGUUCUCUAAUGCAUCUAGAGAAAUUGAGUGCCAAAGGUUGUCGGUCUUUGAGAGAAAUCCCUAACACAAUUGGGUAUUUAUGGGAAUUGCGACAUCUGGACUUUAGUGAAUCUGCGAUUGAAAAGUUACCUAGUACUAUUGGAAUGUUGAAAAUGCUGCGGACGCUAUGUCUCGAAUCUUGCCGGAAUCUACAAGGGGAAAUUCCAAUUGAAAUCUGUUGCUUGUCUUCUCUUGAGAUCCUUCAAAUCACUAGAGCACCAAUAUCUAAUCUGCCAGAAAGCAUUCGGUGUCUUUGUUCUCUCCAACACCUUAGCCUUAAAGGCUGUGAUGAGCUCCAAUCAUUGCCAGAGCAGCUUCCUUCCGGCUUAACACAUCUGACGGUCUCUUGUCAAAGUCGUUGGGUGUCAAGUCUUUCUUACCUAAUCGGCCUAGAAGAACUGGGUCUUUAUGGAUGCGAUCUACUUGAAGACAUCCCAGAGCUUCCCCCAACACCCUUGAAACUUUGUGUUGCCUCCUGUCAUAAGCUGAUAAUGCCGAAGCUUGUUGGAUUCAAGUACUUGGCAGAUUUGUCAAUAAUGUACUGCAAUUCCAUUGAAAUAUUGCACCUUUCACAAUUAAAUUCUCUGAAACGAUUACACGUUGAGUAUUGCUAUGAUCUAGUUGAAAUUCGGGGCCUUGAUAAUUUGGAGUUGUUGGAGGAGAUAGUUAUAGAUUGCUGCAAGUCCAUUCAAAGGCUGAUCCUUCCAGAAUUACCAUCUUUGAAGCGACUAAAGGCUAACUACUGUCACAAUCUAGUCGAAAUUCAAGGUUUGGAUAGGGCGAUGUUCUUGGAGGCAUUGGAUAUCUCUGAUUGUGGGUCCAUUAAAGGAUUGCCUGACUUGUCAUUGUUCACGACCCUGAAAGAGUUGAGCAUCAAUGACUGUCGCAAUAUGCAUGGUGUUGAGAGCCUAGAGAGUUUCUUGAGUUGCCGAAGCAUAUACAUAACCGGAUGCACAUCCCUAGAAAAGCUACCAAACCUGUCGAAAUUUGAAAAUUUAGAGAGUUUCACAAUGAGGUAUUCGCUUCGUGUUACAGAGAUUCUUGGGGUUGAGGAAUCAAGAUCCCUAACCCACAUAGAUAUCACAGGAUGCGAAUCAAUCGAGACAUUACCAGAUUUGUCGGGAUGUGAGAAGUUACAAUCUCUAGUGGUACGAGACUGCAAGAAACUUACUCAGCUUCUGGGACUUGAAAAGUUGGGUUUAAUUUAUUUGGAUAUAUCUGGGUGCGACUCAUUGGAACGGAUACCAAAAUUACCUGGAGCAAGCGUCUUUAGACAUUAUCAAGGACGGGCAUAUGGGCUUUUCCAUGACAAGAUAAGUCUCCACGAAAAGAUUAUCUUGCGGUAACGAUGAUGUCAGAACUCUUAUACCCUUGUAACAGCAAUGAAAUGAGUCAUGUUUCCUUAACAGAGGUUGUACUUGACAGGGUACUUUCCUAAGCUUGCUAUUCCUACAUAAUCGAAGGAGUGGGGGAGUUGGUCGUAGAAGCUGACCUGAUGCUUCAGCCAAGAUAAAAAUGUAGACCCGAAUGUCAAUUGAAGGUGUUGGUCAUCUGGUCUGGUUGGUCUAUGUAAUUAUCUGAGGCUUACUUUUGGACUUCGGUUCAGUGAGCUGUAUCGAUGGCCUUUUACCGUUCUUGAAACAAGCUGGGGCAAGGAGCUCAAUGGAUCCCGUUUGAUCCUAUUGCUGUCAUGGGAUCAAUUUAUCACAUGAUUGAUAUGGGCUUGCCUAACCGGCUGAGGAACUUCAAAUUGCCAUAUCGGAGACCGAUCAAAAUGAAGAAGAGGGAUUUUAGCAGAGGUAGCAUCAGCAACAGCUGAGGAACAUGUUGCAUGCCAACCUUGAAGAGGCUUGCGGGCCAAUUGGACUGUCCUGAGGAAGUUUUUGAUGCCUGUGAAGAUCCAAAGACUUGAUCUGGUCUCAACAGUACAAAC